UGGGGUUUCUUGACAUCAACGGUGUCUCCAACUUCAACUCCGUGACUUUCCAAUCAGUAUUAGCGCCGGAGACAAGUCUUCGGAUAGUCUGGCGCAGGCCCAACGCAAUAUCUCACGAUGCUGCUGGUUGAACUCACUUUACGAAUACUUCAUCGGUCCACACCAUCUAACAACAGGGCGCACUAUUCUACAAGGUAGCUCCUAAACAUUGCCACAAUGCUGUCCAUCCUUCCAGACCUCGCGCCGCGCGACUCUCACGCGCUAUGGUAUACCUCAUCACGAAAUCCACUUUCAUCAUAUACCGCACAGCGCGACAACUCCGACUCUCAACACAACCCCAACCAACGACGUAACCAGCAGCUUGUGGAUCGAUCCCCGCUUGCCCGUCUGCGCGCGGACGAGCUCAAAAUCGAACGCCGCCUCCACAAUGUCUCAAAUUUUGGUAGCCAAUGGCUCAAACCUCCCGGCAUCCCCAAGACGCUAAACCAGCUACGGGAAGAGCAGAAGGAACAACAAGAACACCAAGAGGCGCUGAGGCGUGAACAACUAGCACAGGAACUGGCUGAUGCGGAAGCCGCUGGGGCAGGCGGAAUCGACGCAGCGCUGGAUGGCCAGCUCCAGGUCGAGGGCGGCGAGGAUGGCAUGGAUGACGUUCAACUGGAUGGUGCCCGCGAUCUCGACGAUGACAUCCCCGAGGGCGACAGUGCCGACUUUGGAUUGAGUGUGGAUGAAGAUGAUGACGAGGAGGAUGAAGAUGACGAUGAUGAUGGAGAGGAAGACGAGGAGCAGAGAGCUGCCCGGGCCCAGCAACAGCUCAUGGCGCAGAGGAUGCAACAAGUCGACGACCCCUUCCGGGAGAACGCGUCUCAUUCCGGGAAUGGCGUGGCCUUCUACGGAGGCGAGGACGAAGUCGACGACGAGGACCAGGCGCAUAUGAUAGAGGAGGAGGAUCUUGUCGGCGACGACGGCGUCGAGAUGGACAUGGACGCCGACCUCGAUGAAGACAUCCCCGAGGCUGGAAGCGCUGUCGGUUACGAACAUACCGAUACCGAGGCUGAUCUCAGCAGCGAUGAUGAUGAAGCCGAAAUGAGCUUUGUCGCCCGGGCUCCUCAAACUGUCAGGUUCAGGGGUAGUCUGGCACGAACCGACGCAACACGCCACAGCCUCGUUAUUAGUGAUAUACUGUCACGGGACGGAAGCAGCAUUUUGGACAGUAGCCCCCAGGCUCCGAGGCAGGGCCACUCUCGCCAUAGCCAGGGACGCGCCGGAUGACGAUGGGUACUGACGUGUUUAAAGAGGCGCAAUGCAAUUUUUGAUAUUCCUGGACACGAAAAGAACAUUCCGCCCGAAAAUGGCGGUCGUCUAUUC